CUUGACCAAAACAAACGCCAACCCCCUGACAUUGGUUAUUAUUAAGACAAAACAAACAUAUUUUGAAUAAUCGGCCUUUGAUUUACUGCCGAAGAAUAUCAACUUAAUCAAAAUGAAUUCUAAAAGCGAUGUAAGUAAUAACCCACAAUUGUUGGAAGCUGGCUCUGAAACAGAAGCUAUUCCUCCUCCACCACCAACGGCGGCUGGCAGGCCAAGGCCGCCCACUUCUCAGCUCUUUUCGCGCGGCAAUCUGGUUAGUAGUCGAGCAGUAGGAGGCGAUAAGUCAGGUCUAGCUAGGCCAUCAACUGCAGUCCGGGCGGUAGGCUAUGCGGCCAAUAGCGGAUCUGCUGGCCAAAGGUUUGACCAGUUUUUCCUCGAAAAAGCCAAGCAACAAACUCUCUCGUCGACAAACGCUGUUGAUGCCGCCAAGGAAGUAAAUCCACAAAUCAAGUACAAGAAUCUGGAGAGUAAGAUCGUAAAGCUCUUAGAAUCAUCAAUUGUAUUGGCUUGGCAAAGCACUUCUGCUCGAUCGAGUGGUGAUGCAACCUCGGAGGUGAAGUCGGCAUUGGCCGAGGCGUUGAAUAAGGCAAAGGAAGCAUUCUCAUUGGAUCGAACCUUGCACCGAUUUCGUGACCAGCAGGGCGAGAAUGUUUAUCACAACUUCGACUUGACGUAUGCGGUGUUCUUUAAUCUCGCCGAGCAGUACGAACGUAAUGACUUGCAUAUCGAGGCCCUCAACACUUACAGCAUUAUGACCAAGAACAAGAUGUUUCCACACGUCAACCAGCUAAAAAUUAACAUGGGCAACAUCUACUACAACAUGGGAAUCUACCAGAAAGCCGUAAAAAUGUAUCGCAUGGCCCUCGAUUCGGUUCCGAAGAACUUGAGCCAGCUGCGGCUUAAGAUCCGUGAAAACAUUGGAGUCCUCUUCGUUCGCAUGGGCUCCUACUUAGAGGCCGCCUCCAGCUUUGAGUUUAUUAUGUCGGAGCGGGCGGACAUUAAGAGUGGCAUCCACCUCAUUCUGUGCUACUACGCAGUGGGCGACGUGGAGAAGAUUAAGUUGGCCUUUCGUAGCCUUUGCGAUGUCCAGGCCGGGGAAACGGAAACCGAUCUAGGUAGCGAGAGCAAUAUCAUCAAACUGCAGCAGCAGGCGGACCAGGUUGGACAAUCUGACGAUCCGGACAUGCACAAGUCCUCACAUCGCGUAGACAACGGUGGCGUGGAAGUGGCGGUGAUCGAUGCAGAGGGUGGAAACUCGUACGAAAAAGUACAGGAGUCCGUGAAGGUUUCCGCAAAGGCAAAACAGCGUUAUGUUCUCAGAGCCCUUAAGAAAGACGAGCUUGCCGUUUACACCAAUCAACGCCGUAAUGCGGAGAAGCGAUCCAUUACAAUGAUUGUGGAUCUGAUCUCUCCAUUAAUCGAAGAAAACUAUAAUGAUGGCUAUAAUUGGUGUAUUGAGAUCAUCAAGACGUCAAAUCUGGCCUGGUUGGCCAACGAACUUGAACUAAAUAAGGCUCUAGUUUACCUUAGGCAAAAUGACGUAAAUCAAGCGAUUGAAACGCUUCAAAUGUAUGACCGUAAAAGUGAAGGAUCCCUGACAGCCAGCGCUCUGACCAACCUCAGUUUCAUCUAUAUAAGUCUAGGCAACCUGGAAAUGGCCACGCACUGUCUUAACCAGCUUCAGGAAAUUGGAGCGCUGGAAAACAACGCAUUAGCUUUGAUCAAUGCCAGUAUAGUAGACAUGCGGAAGCAGAACCUCAAUUCAGCACGCGAACGUUUGGAGCGAGCUCUGCAGCUUCAGCCGACAAACUUUGAGGCCAACUACAACCUCGGCCUAGUGGCCUUGGCGCAGCAAGAUUUCGAUCUGGCCGAGGAGCGUUUCGAGCUUCUAAAGACCCAAUUGAUGACGCCCCAUUCUGUGCAGCACAGCCAUGUGUUCUAUCAGCUGGCCAAGUUGCAAGAGCGCCGCCUUGGAGGCGGAUUUAUGGCCACCGCUACACCGGGAGCGGCACUACAGGCGUAUCUCCAGGUGCUUGGCAUCUCUGCUGCCGACAUCGAUUCGCGGCUGUUCGAGAAAGUCGGGUCCCUAUACGAACAGAUACAGGACCAUCAGGAGGCCAACCAGUACUACAAUGAGGCGUACCGCAUAAACAUGAGCGACAUCAGCAUCGCCAGCUCCAUCGGCUCCUACUACAUUAAGCUCCAGGCCACGGAAAAGGCCCUGUACUACUACGAACGGGCUGUCCUAGCCGAUCCCAACGAUCCAAACCUAAUGUUGCGUAUUGCCAGUUGCUUCCGCAACUCGUACCUGCCGCCCAAGCAGUACCUGGGCAUGUUCCAAAAGAUCUACGCCCGUUUUCCGGACAACUUCACCUGCGUAAGAGCUUUGAUGCAAGUUACCAAGUCGUUGGGCUUGGGUGAUUUGCAUGAUAGGUACGCAGUGGACUACGCACGCCUGCAAAAGCAGCAGCAGGAGCGGCAGAACGAGCAGCGAUACCAGCAGCAUCGGCUCUCUUCGGCGUCCUCGUCCAGCAGCCGCUUGCGAACUAUCAGGCAAUCUAAUGAGGAACGGUUGCAAGAGAACAGCGAUAUCUCCAAAAGUAUGACCUAUACUCAGAGUACCGCCACUUAUUCCGUCCAGCAGUUUGAUCCUUUGGGACCUCCAACAGAACGUCCUCGCACUGGCAUAUAUCGAGCACAUCAGAGCAAAGACGAUUCAGAUGAUGAUACAGAAAUGAAUGCCGAAAGCUUGUUGCCCCUUUGAAUAAAUAUUUUUGUCAACAAUAGAGUAUAUCGUGUUGU